GAUAAUAAUCACAGCAACACUGCAAUUGCAAUAGCCUACAAUAGAGUUCUUAGAUAGUGCAUACAGUGAUUAGUAAAAUGGCUGAGAUAUGCCCCAGACUACUGAAGAGCAAUGAGCCAAACUCUUCUACUAGUGCUGGCUCAGGAAUGCAGGCUGGAACUGCUCAGCCUCCCAUUCCUGUGAUUAAGUGCAUGACAGUAGGAGAUGAGGACUCAAGAAAGAUCAAGCUACUGCAAAGACUGUCUGCUCUCAUUACUGGAAAAUCACAUAACAAUAUGAGGAUAUUUGAGGGCUACUCACUAAAACUGGAAAGCAACAGAGAGACAGGAGGGUUCAUCCUCUCUCUGUGGGAUGUAUCAGGACAAGAGGAAUACUCAUUAUUAAGGCGACAGUUGUACAGUGAAAUGAAUAUAUUCCUCAUUUGCUUUGCAUUGAAUAAUCCAGAGAGCUUUAGGAACAUAAAAGAAACGUGGUAUAAAGAAGUGAAGCUUCGCAAUCCCAAGGCUCAAGUUAUUUUAGUCGGGACAAAACUAGAGAAGAGGAUAGAAGAGGGUGGAAAGGAAGGAGGAGAAUACAUAACAAGACAACAAGGACUAGAAAUGAGGCAACUGUUAGAAGCAAGAGACUAUGUUGAGAUAUCAUACAAGACGAAUGAAGGACUGGAUGAAAUAAGAGCUAACAUCAGUGACUAUCACCACAGACAAUCAACUAGUGCGAACAACUGGAGAAAUUGUAGCAUCUUAUAAUGAAGAAUCUUAUAAUAAAGAAUCUUAUAAUAAAGAUUGGAUAUUUUAUACAUGAGACUGUGUGAUUGAUAAGAUUGCAAUACUCACUAAUACAAUAUACAUAUAUUAUUUAAAUUUACACAUAAAUAUUUCCAUUAAUAAUAUUAUAAUGAUUGCAUUACUCCCUCUUUUGUUAAAAUAUGCUCAAACAUGCACAGGAAGUACACACUCAAAC